CGACGGGCGUUGGCCAAUAAAAGCCCCCACCCCACCCCAAUGCCCGUUCUUAUCAUCUCCCCCACCUCCCUGAGUCCUUGCCAUCUCUUUCUAUAUUUUCCUUCUCUUCUUUCCUCCUCUCAUCUCUUUAUAUAUACCUCCAUAUAUUCCUUGCUUCUCUUUUUCUUCUUCCUCCUCCUCCUCCUCCUCCUCCUCUUUCUCCUCUAUCCACGACCAUAGGAAAGAUCAUGACCAUCUGAUCAUCUCCAGAGCAAAGAGGAGAUCGAUCCAUCGCAUGGGAGGCUGAGGCAAAAGAGGAGACAGAGAGAAAGGUGGAUCGAAGGCAUGGGAAGAGGGCCCUCCCUCCCGACGAGCAGGAGGAGAAGGAAGGAGAGCCCGUGCUCUCUCAGUACACCGCGGCGCGAGCCGAUCAGGACGCGUCGGCCAUGGUAUCGGCCCUUGCUUAUGUGAUCGGCUCGAGCUCGCCGGGGGUGGGAGUGGGAGUGGGAGGGGGCGAGGCUGUGGUGAUCCAGCCAGAGUCGAACCCGGCCAUGGCCGGGACCGGCUCGGGAAGCAUGGAGAGGGAGCUCAGCCAGCCUGCACAAGAUCAAGGGACUGUGAGGAGAAGGCACUACAGGGGAGUGAGACAAAGACCAUGGGGGAAAUGGGCAGCAGAAAUAAGGGACCCCAAGAAGGCAGCAAGAGUAUGGCUAGGGACCUUUGACACGGCCGAACAAGCUGCCAUAGCCUACGAUGAGGCAGCCCUGAGGUUCAAAGGCACCAAGGCCAAGCUCAAUUUCCCUGAGAGAGUCCAAGGCCGGACAGACCUUGGCUUCUUAGUUAGUAGGGGGAUCCCAGAGCGACCACCAGAGCCCAUCACCCCAUCGGCGGCAGCUUCAUACCCGGACCUUCUUCAGUAUGCCCAGCUCCUCCAAAGUAGAGACGAAGACUUCCAAAAUGUGGCAUCAGGGCUCUACAUCGGAGGCUCCCUCGCGUCGGGAUCUUCUCAAAUGUCGCCAGCAUCUAUGUCGGGUUCUUCGCAAGAGUUUUUGGAUUUCUCUUCGCAGUUUGGUACCUCUUCUUCCUCUAGCUCAUGGCCUCAUGGAGACCAGAAGGAUAAAGACAGAAGCCAGCAGCCGUGAGACUGGUGAUCGAUGUGUUUUAGUUGGUGCAAACGUGAGAGAGAGAAGGAGAGAAGGAUGAGACUAUGGGUAAGUGAAUAGUUCUUUGGUUGGUUUGAUCUUUUUUUUUUUCUUUUUUUGGGGAGCACUUUUUGGGGUGUUAAUUUUUCUUCGGUUUGUUCCUUAUCCUUUCAAUGGUUCUUUGCUAUCUUUAAAGUAGUAAGAAUCCAUCUUUUCAGCAACAAGAAGAGAGUUCUUACUCCAUGUAUGGUUAUCUUCCCAAUUACUUAACUCUCCAGCACUUGUUAAGGAAAACCUUUCAAAACCA